GCACAGAACUGUACGUCAAUAAUAACGAAAAUCGUAAAUCUGUUUAGUUUUACAAGUAAAAACCAAUAUUUUUAUGAUUUAUAUAUGCACUGUAGUAUAGAAAAGUUGGUACUCGACCUCUAUUUUGUCUUACCCUUCACGCGACGAGGGAAAUGAUUUAAUUUGUUCCACUUUCAUACAAGAAAUCGGUGAGUGGUAAAUGUUAAAAGUAGCUGAACUGGUUUUAUGAGGAUAAGCCAUAAUCUGCAAGCUUUCUACAAAUGCUACUGUGUUGAUUAAUAAAAUUAUGCUAUGAUGAAUGGCUAAGACGUACUAAGAAGGUACCAUUAACACCUGUUAAAACACACCACUUCAGGUUCAACAAUGGCAGAUGAGCAGCAAUUCUGUCUACGCUGGAAUAACUUCCAGAUGAACAUAACAUCCCAGUUUGAGGCAUUACGUGAUGAAGAAGACUUUGUGGAUGUGACAUUGGCUUGUGAGGGACAGCGUCUAAAAGCACAUAAAGUUGUAUUGUCAGCUUGUAGUCCUUACUUCAAGGAACUUUUCAAGAGUAAUCCUUGCAAACAUCCUAUACUGUUCAUGCGUGAUGUGGAAUUCAGACAUUUGAAGUCUCUGGUAGAGUUCAUGUAUGCUGGAGAGGUCAAUGUUGCACAGGCACAGUUAUCAGCGUUCCUUAGAACUGCAGAAUCACUACAAAUACGUGGACUCACAGAAGCACCACAGAGGCAUUCAAGGUUUGAUGGAGCAACAUCAGAUACUGGACACAGCCGGCGUGGUACACGCAGUGGCAUUCCGACAUCACCUAUAGCAGGAGCUCCAGAAGAAGAUGAUAUUCUGAGCCUAAGCCCUCCUGCCUCCCCAUCUCCUCCUGCCAAACGCCCAUGUACAGCACCAGAUCCAGCAAAUAUCAAGAGAGAAGCUCCAGAUAUUGUUGAGCCAAAACUGGAAGUCCCUGACUAUAGCAGUGAUGGAGAAAGCAGAACUGAAAGUGGAAAUGGAGCUCAUUAUGGUGGAAUAGAAAAUCCUCUUGAUGCGAAAUCAGCAUAUGCAACUGGAGGACUACAAGGUGGAAUGGAAAUGAUUCCUGGAACAUCCGCUGCACACAAUUUCCUCUCAGACGUGUCAACACUGCCACAGGAGCCAGCUUCACAAGGAAACCGUGUGGGCUGGUGUCCACCAACACUGCUGCGGCAUGCCAUGUCUUCCUGGUCCAGGGACCACUCUGCCCGAUACUUUGGAACUCCUCCUAAUUUUGUUGGUGAUGAACAAGACUCAAAGGAGAUGGUGCCUUUGGCUGCUGGUGUCCUGGUACCUGCUUCUCUGCUGCAACGAGUUAAUCGAGCUGACUAUCGGAAACUCACCCGCGGUCUUGCAUCAGCUCUUUUCUCACCCCUUGAACUAGGAUCAAGUUCAGUGACUGGUCAGCGGUGGACUCGAGCAGGUUAUUGCUCAGGCCGACCAACGAAACCUGCUCUGGAUCGGCGUCGUGUGGAAGCCAUUCUCGCAUAUGUUGGUACACAUUUUCCCACCAUCGAGCGCAGCAAAGUGAAGCAGGUACUGGCAUACAAGUGUAAAGAAAGUGCUGCUGCGCUGAGGGUACGUGGAUCUAAACUCCUUGGACUCAAUGAACUUCAAGACCAGUAGCACCUGUCUGCACUCAAACCUGGAUACUCUGAUAACAUUUAUAGUCUAUAAACAAUAGCAUGCCUUUGUAACAGCUGUCAAUAAUCACAACUGUACGAGGUGUUUUGUUCUGAGAUUCUGUAAACUAUGAUACUUGAACUUGGUUCAUUUGCACCUAUUUUAAGUUGUUAACAUUGUUUUAUAUUAGACUAUUUGAGCAGUUACACUGCAUUUAUCAUUUUUUAUUCUAUCUAGUUUAUGUUUAAUUAUCUCUCUAGCUAUUUGGCCAUGUCUGUUUUCAACAUGCAUUAUGUCACUGUGGAUGUACCAGGCACAUCUCAGUCUGUAUUAUGUGACAAAUUAAAUAUUAUUUGCCUUCUGAGACUGGAGAGAACAGGUUUUUAAUAUAGAUAUGUAAUGUGCAUUAAUGUAGCAACAAUUAUGAACAUCAGAAAGAUCUCAAUGUUGCUACACUGGAAAUGAGUUUUGUGGCUCAAAUUAAAUAAUAAUAGUAAUAAUAAUAACAAUAAUAAUCAUAUGAAAUGUGCCUUACUGAACUGUCUUUUCCCUGAGUAGCAGGGCUCAACUUGAUUAAAACAUUCCAUCAUGUUUUUAUAUCUGAAUAAUACUGGUAGCUAUCAUAUGAUCAUAAAUUGAGGUAUGAUGAAAUGUUUUUGCUCUGUAGUUAGAACUUUUUGUUAACUUCUGAUAAAUUUCUACUUUUUUAAUGGGAAAAAGUUGGAAAACUCUAUGUUUUAGUGUGUAGGCACUAUUUAGCAUGUCCUGUUGUAUUUGGAUCCAUCAUUGUAGUGACAGUAUGUUAGGGAGGUGAUUGUAGUACUUAAUCUGGAGCAGUUCAUUUCUGAAUGAAAAUAACCAGUUCAGCUGCUAUAUGAUGCCAGUAUAAAGGAAGUAAUUUUAAGUUUUCAGAUGUCUGCAUGCUGAUUCUUUCAUUGUGAAAAAAAAACACUGUGCAUUGAUAAAAUAAAAAAGAAGGCUUAUUUGAAUUGCCAUUGGCUUAUCUUCCUAAGUUAUUGGGAGAUGCCUAUUCAGAUAAGGCACCAUACAUAUUUCAUUGGAAGUGUUUCAUAUUGGUCAUUUAUUCCCUGUGUGAGACCUUGUAUACAUCUUAAAUAUAAUGUUCUUUGCGUUCCAUUUGUAUGUAUCAGACUGAGUGAAAUGUUAUAAAUGUUCCUGAGUUGUGUAGUUGCUAUUGUUUGUAUACAUAUAGGAUUGUCACACUUCAUUUGUGAGUACUAUUUUGACUGGGAAGAAGUUAGUUGACAAGCAUAAACCUGAAGAUAGUACUGACUGAUCAGUAAUUUUCUGCAUUUGUUUCUACUUGGGGACACUUCCAUUAUUUUAAUGUUUUAAAAUACCAAUUUUAUUGAUUAAUGUUAGAUUUCAACAUUCCUCUUUUACUGGCAGAAGUUCAGAUGUGUAUGUUUUAUAUUGGUGUGGUUUAACACUGUCAUUGUGGAGUAUUUAUAUCGAAUAGUAGCAAUGCCAACUCUUCUCUAUAAGAAUUAAAUCUGAAUAUGAAAGACAAGUGUUAAGCUUGAGGUCAGACAGUUGAAGUUACUGGGAGAUAUUAAAGACCAUAGAUAUGGACUGUAUCCAUGAAUAAAGAGAGCUCAAGCAACAGGCUGGGGUAAAGUAGUUGGCAUGAUGAGGCAUGUGAGUAUAACUUGAGGAAAAAUGACAGUAGCGAUGACAAAUCUGUAGCAGUAGAGUGCUUACAGUAGUAGGCAUCAUGGGGCAUGUGGUUUUAACUUGAGAAAAAAAAAAUGACAGUAGCAGUGACAAAUCCAGAGCUGUAGAAUGCUUGGAGAGUCUUCAAGCCUUCAUAAAACUCACUCUUCAGGCUCACUCAGACUAGACUGCAAUUCGUGAGUACAAUGAACCUAUGCACAAUGUGGUCACACAGCUCUGUGCUUUGUUAGUCCCAGUAUUCUGUUAGGCAAGAAAAUGAAUCUAUGUAUAUCGUAUAAUCACUGUGAAGGGAAAGAUAAACCUGAAGUUUGAAGAAUGUAAAAGCAGGUGUUCUUCGCCACUUAUCCAUAAUUCCACCACCAUGCUAGAUCCACUCCACACACACACACACACACACACACACACACACACACACACACACACACACAGAGAGAGAGAGAGAGAGAGAGAGAGAGAGAGAUGUUCUUGUUGCAAGAGCUCCUUACUGGGACUUAGUUAUUCAUUGUUACUGUUCAUGAUUAAUGUCAUAAAUGUUACUAUUUGCUGCUCACCUAAUAGUGAUUAUACAGGUCCAAGAUGACGAAUGCCGUUGGGUUUUCCUAUCUGAUAAUACUGAGCAAGAUGACACAGUUGUUAAGGUUUAGGGCUCAUAUUCAGUUCACCUUGCCAUGCAGAUGAAAAUUUUUGCACAGUUUCCUUCAAUCAGUUGAUACCUUGGUGGUUCACUGCCAAUAUCCAAUAUCCUUGUUCACCAAUGUCCUAUUUCAUCUUGUGCUCCUUUUCUCUCCUCUUUUUUGUUUACUGUAUACAUAUCCCACAGCGAAGACCAAUAACACAAUUUUUCAUUGUUUAAUGUAAAUUUUCUGCUUCUUCAGUGAUGUAAGUGUUCAUUUAUUUCAUAGAAUUUGCAUUUAGCAGCUAGGUGAAAAAAAAUUUCAGCCACGAUCAGUUUUUCUUUUAUAGUCAAUGUAUGUGGGAUAUUCAAUAAUUGAUACAAACUGUUGAGAAAAAAGGAGAAUAAAAAUGUAUUCAGUGGCAGUUAAAUUUGUGCUUCAUUUGAAUAUAAUCUCCACCAGUCUUAAGACAUUUUACAUUUUUCCCACAGCUCUGCUGCCUUUCUAAUUCCAGUAGUGAAGAAUAUUGACUUUGUUAUCUGAGUCUUUUAUGCGCAGUGCAUCUGCUCAUCUUACAGCUUUGCUGUCUUCUAACUUGGUACUGUGUAAAACUGUUUUAAUGGUCAGAUCAGAUGAAAAUUGGAUCGGUUAGAGGCCAGGAUUGUAUGAUGUAUGUGGCAUCUGCCAAUUCAAAUUUUCUGUCCUCGUUUUCAGGGAAUUUUAGGAAUGGUCAUUAUCAUGCAGCAAUUUUAUGAGUUUGUAAUUCCUGCCACCACCUUUUACAUAUUACAGUAAUAGAAAUUCUUCUGUGGGAUAGAAAGAGUUGUCAGGGGGAAACUUUUUCAGUUUAUUUUCGUUUUACUUUGUUGUCUGUCAGAUAUUUUAUAUCACUCGGUAAGUGAUCAAAAAUUGUUGUUGCAGUAUUGUGCACCACUUUAUGUGCUAAAGACAACCUUAAUGUGGAGUAAUGACUGUCAUUAUUUCGUCUAGUGUUGCAAUUAUGUACACCACUGAUCCUUUUGAAAUGUAGUGGGGUGUUUACAAGAAACUUCAGUAGGGAAUAAAUAUAUACUGUUAAACUGUAGUCUGUAUGCCAAUCUCCUUAAACAUAUGUCUACAAGAUGGCCAUGGGUGAGCACCUCAUUUUAUUCUUACAGCACAUUUAUGGGCAAUUAAAACCUUUGUUAAAGACGAGUUACCCUAGAACAUUAUUCCACAUGACAUUAUUGAAUGAAAAUAUGCAAAAUAUUUCAAUUUACUGAUUUGUGUGUCCUCAAGAAGCGUUAGUGGGCAAGUCAAAAUGAUUCCAUUGAAGUUUCUUAUGUUUGAAUUCAGGGUAACAGAGGAAAUUCCAAAUGCAACCUCAGGCUGUAACACGCUAGAAAGUCAUUACCAACCACUAAAAUCUGUUGUUUGAGUGCGUAACAAAUGCAAGCAUGAAUGUCUUUUGAACUCGAGUCAGUUGUCUUGGACCAAUCUUGAGUAUGAUUAAUUAUAAUUAUGUUUAUCAUGAAUGACUAAUAAUAAUCAGUAGUUUUCCCAGUAACUCAUUGUCCCUCAUAUGCCACAAGAGACAGUCGUUUGUGUGUCACAUAUGACUAUUAUUUUCAUUAUUAGCAUAGGGUAUGAGGAAACAAUUGACCUCUUCUCAAGCACAUUUAACUUACUGACCUUGAUAACAUUUAGGCUUCAUGUAAGCUGCUGCUGCUAAGUUAUUUAACUAUGAUAUUAAUUACACUAAUUUAAAAUUGUAGAAAAUGAGACAUCCAACAGUAAGAAGACAUGUUGUCUGUGCACUACUGCACAGUGGGGGAAAUAAAUCUAAUGGCAACCACUUCUUCACUAUUUGGGCAGUGCCAAAUUAGAAAUUUCUAUUAUUUCAACCCCCAAACUACAAUACUUAUGGGCAUAGCAGGUUAAUAUGUGUCAAAUCCCACUACCUGUAGUUGAAACUGUUUUUUCUUUAGAGGGAAAGAAGUAGACCAAGGUAGUGCUGCACCACUUGAUUUUUCUCUGGUAUCAAAAUGCAUGUUACACUACUGCACAUCAUAUACAUAACUUUUUGUAAUGAACGUCUUUUAAGGCAAAAUGCCAUUACAAUAGAAUUAUUAUUAUUAUUUUUAGUGCACCAGUUUUCAGCUGUAUGUACAUUUCAGAUUUGGUUUAGUAAUCACACUCAUGAAUCUUCAAUUACAGCUAAACUAAUGUGAUUUAAAUUAUAUUUCUGAACACUUUAAUCUUGUUGUGUUAAUCUGUGCUGCAUUUUCUUUAGCUAAAUAUCAUGUACCAAAUUUCCAUCAGUAGUUUGUAUCCUACAAUUUGGUUUUAUCUUAGUUAUCCUAUAUUUGUUUAUUUUGUUUCCUUUCGAUUUGGGAAUAUUAAUCCUCCAUUAUACGUAUCAUGUGUCAGUCAUGCAAUUUUUGCAGAAAAAUGUGAAGUUUAUAAAUGUAUGUCCAUUUUGCUUUUAUUAGACUCAGUGCUGAAAUGAGGGUCACUGUAGGUAGGUUAAGUUGUUACACUCAUUAAAAGUUUCCUAUUUGGUUACCAUGUUGGUGCCUGACUGCCACUAAAUUAGUUUUCCUCCCAUGAUCCUUUUGUAGUCUUCAAGGAAGUCUAGAGUGUUUUGGAAUAAAAUGUGUCAGGUUCCUUGCCAGAUUUGCUGUAGAAUACCACAAGAAUUCCACUGUAAAUAUUCCAGUCAACUGAAUAUUUUUUUUAGUUGGAGAGUUUUGUAAGAAUAACUUAAUCUGAAAUUAAUGCUGUAGGAAAAGAUUUACUGUAAAGAAGAUAUGAUAAGUUGUAGACAGGGACAAUUAAAAGACAUUUAUUCAAGCAGACCCGAGUGCCAGAUAUGGUAAUCAUGUGUGCAUGAAGUAUACCUGCUUGUGUGUAUGAAUGGUGUGUUUCUCUUUUUUUGAUGAAGGCUGUGGCCAAAAGCAUUAUGUAAGGGUCUUUUAAUUGUGCCUAUCUGCAACUUAACAUGUCUUCUUUAAGGUAAGUAGCAAUGUAUCUUUUCCUACAUUGUUGGUAUUUCUACCUGGAGUUUCCAUUGUUUAGUCUGAAAUUAACUACCCUCAUUUCAGUAUUUGCACUUGGAAAUACUUGUAUGUAUAUGGUAAGUUACUGUUCUUUUUCUUGUGCCUUUGUCUUGCAUCUAUACACAGUCAGCAUGGUUAUAAAUGCAUUUAGUAGGGUUAAUUUUAAGGGGUGUCUUAAUGCCCUUUCUGUUGCCACUCGUUACCCCCAGGACAGAGUGUGUGUACACCAACUGUCUGCGUGGGGUAUUAAUCUUGUGAAAGUUUUCGAAAUGUUUUUGAAUCAUAAAACUGCAGUGGGAUUUUGGUGACUAGCCCAGUAUUGACUUAGGCUGAUGUAGUAAACUGCCUAAAAACAAUAUCCAGGCUUGCCGGCAUACCGACCCAAGUCCUUAAUCCACCAAGCAGAUUCGAUCUGGGGCCAGCAUAUGUGACCAUCCCAGAAGCAGCACUUCAAGAUGCACUGCUCUCUGUGUGGUUUGUAUUGUAAAUUCUUCAUGCACAAUUUUAUGUUUAUCUGACUUUUUGAGGCUGGUUUUUUUAUGCAUCUCACCUUUUCAUUCUCAUUGCCUUUGUGAUUUCUCCUUCAUCCUUAUUUUACCCAGCUCCCACAUUUGUUUCAUGUUUUCCAUAUUUGUCUUUUGCACAUUUUGUGUGUCUGAAUUUCAAGGAGUGCUAUUAAAAGUUGGUAUCAGUAGUCACAUAAUGUCAUCAUCGGUUAACCAUUGCUGUGUUUAAUCAAGCCAUGAACACACUUCUCAGAUAUUUCAGCACUAUUUCCUUUGAGGCUGUUCAGUUAUUAGUCUUUCCUGUCUCUUAGUUACUGUUGUUACUUAUAUUUGAUAUUUUACCGAGCUCCCACAUUCGUUUCAUGUUUUCCAUAUUUGUCUUUUGCACAUUUUGUGUGUCUGAAUUUCAAGGAGUACUAUUAAAAGUUGGUAUCAGUAGUCACAUAAUAGCAUCAUCGGUUAACCAUUGCUCUGUUUAAUCAAGCCAUGAACACACUUCUCAGAUAUUUCAGCACUAUUUCCUUUGAGGCUGUUCAUUUAUUAGCCUUUCCUGUCUCUUAGUUACCGUUGUUACUUAUAUUUGAUCAGAUUUUAUACACAAUUCAUCAGUUAUUUCCACAGGCUAGCUUAACAUAUCAGUUCAUCAGGGGUUUACUUUGUUUGCUCAUUAAAAAAAUGGAAGCUCCAAUGUACUGUAAAAAUCAGCCAAAUAUUGAUUAACCUCUCUAUUCUCAUUAAGAUCUUCAUAUCAAGUAGUAUGUAGUAAACCUUAUUGUAUCAAGAAAUAAUUUUCCUACAAAACUUUUGAAUCAUAGAAUUGGAAUUAGUUUUGAGCUAAUGAGAUAAAACUCUUUAUAUUAAUAUUUAUUAACAAUUUUAACCUGGAAUGCUUUUAAGUGGUUUGUGGGUAUAGAAUGAUUGUGCAUAAAAAUAAAAGUGAGUGUUUUCAAGCAAAGAGUACAAUUUGUGUGGUCGGCUUAUCUGCCCCUUCCAAUGAAUAAGACACAGUAAUGAUUAGGGACGCUAUUUAUGUCUUAAAACUAUAGGUACCAUGUGAACUUAAUAUUUUGUGUGGCAUGUAGGAAAAAUAGAUCUUUUCAAGUUAAGAGUGACACAUUUCCUUCAGUCAGUUUGGUGGGCUUAGCUCCUCAUUCCAGUGAAUAAGACAGAUAAUAAUACAUUACAUUAUUUGUGUACAAAACAAAACUGUGGCACUUUUUAAAUAUAAUUUUAUAUAACACACUAUAUUUAAAUACCCUAGUUACAGAAAACUCUACAAUAUUUUACAUAGUGUCUCCUGAGGUUGACCAUUCCAAAAUAACAACAUAAAAGUCAGACACUUCAUUGCUUUCUUAAUAUCUUCAAGUUUCUUUGCAUUAUUUGGGACAUGGCCUUGUGAAUGUGCUCCUGGCAUAGACAGUUGGAUAUUUUGUACUGUUGGCAACAUCACUCUAUGCUCUUGCUAUGACUGCUCCUGGGUUUACUGGUUUCACUCUGUGAAGGACUCGUAACCAUUUUCAAACAACAUCAAAAUUAUACAGGUUGAAUACCUCGUGUAUAAACACGAGAUCUGCUUCCUUUUUCUGCAGAGUGCCGUACUACCACCAACUCAAUUUCAGAAAAACUGUGACAUUAUGCCAUUUUCCAAUUCCUGACUCAAUUUUGUUAGAAGUGUAUGCAAUAUGGGAAGAGAAGUAAGUAGUAUACGGUUAGAAAAAGACAUUUAGUUACAUAUGUCAAAUGAAAACUUUCUUAGUUUAUAGAAUCAGAUCUUCAUAUCUAAUUCAGAUACCUCUUUGUCAUUGCUGGUAUUAUAACUUCAUACUUACUCUCCUUUCAAGUUCUCAAAAACAAUGCUGUUGCCCAUAUCAUCUGAGGAACUAAAAGUGACAGAUAUGAAUGCAUAACCUCACCUCACUACCCCAAGAAUACUUCUGCUGUUGUGUCCAGUGUGUGGCAGGAACAGUGGCCACUACAAAGCAAUAAUUACGUCAAUAUUAAUAUAAUAGAUUUUCUGUAGAGGAGUAAAAUACCUAAAUCUGUGUAGUGUUGAUCAUCAUCUUAUCGGAAUGAGAAAAAACGGAGGGUGGUUUGUGUCAUGUAUACGUAGUGACAGGAAGACUGAAUAACUGUUAACUUUAUUGACAACUCAGACUCAAAACCAUUUUCUCAUUUACAGUAGUGAAAUAUUACAUUUGUUCAACUCAACUUUACCCGCUGUAGUUGUUGUGUAUUGUUUUAUCAACUGUUAAUCUGACUGCAUGAUAUAAAUGUGCACUUUGUCCCUUACUUGUUCAAUAAUAAUAAUAAUUUCAAGUGUUUCAAUGGCCUGGUGCAAGGCUUUCAGUUAGAUGCCACUUUGGCAGUUUGUGUUUCCCUAACCUAUCCCAUUUAUCCAGCCAGGGAAAGGGGACCUACAGUUUAAUGUGGAAUCCAAACGUGUCAUUUCUGGUGACUCCUCACAUCAUUGAGAGGUGAAGGCUAGGUUAAUAUUUGGACUGAAAAAUCUGUGACCCAACCAGAAUUCAAUUGCUGCAACCUCAUGGUUUCCAGGUACACACUUUACCACUUGAUCACUAGGUCUGACUACUUUUUCAAUUAUUAGUAAAAAGUCUCUCUAGUUUAAUCUGUAUUUCAUUUCAUUCUUUGGAUUGAUAUGACUUUGUGUAAGUACUUGUGAAGCGGAAUGCAUACAUCUGAAAUCAUGAACUACUCCAAAGAGCUCCAGUAAUACAGACCAAAACAAAUCUGAGAUGAGCAAUGAAAUACUUUGACAGAAUUCUGAAAGGUGUAGAUACUCAGUUUUUUUCAUGUGUAGCUUAUAGUAAGCAAACAUACAGACAUUGUGGUGAUGGCUUUAAAAUGUCUUCCUAGAUUUUUGGAAGAUCUGAUAUCCAAGGUGUUGUGCAUUUUUUUUUAGAAAUUACUAUUUGUGUUUUAUAUUACAUAAAAAAUUUAUUAUUUAUAAAUGUAAUAUGUUCUCUUUCUGUGUUUCAUAUCUGUGGUAUCUUUGAAAUGUCAUGUUCACAUUUAGUGUUCAAUUCCGUUUUGUAAAGAAACCAAAGGAAAAGUGCAAGUGUUUCGCAAUGAAUUGUGGGAACUUAUGUUUUGCAUUUGUUCCAGAGCAUUUAUGCUUCUCACAAUUUGGGGCUGUUGCCAUAAAAAUAUUCAUUAGUUACCAGAUACUGUACAGGUUAGACCACAAUUUUAUUGCAAAUGGUCUGUUAUCAUGCAUGUCAAGCAGCAGACUUUAUUAUUUACUGUAGGUUUAGUAGAUGAAGAGAACUAUGUAUAUUUAAUUUUGCAACCUCUAAAAAAUAUAAUAUCUAAGUACUGUAUUUGACUCAUACCUUUAAACUUUGAAAUCUUAAUAAAGUUUUCCAGUUUGUAAUAUUGUGACAUUAAACAAUCUUAAACAUGUGAUCUAAAAUUGUCAGAAAUUUUGAGAAUUGUUUAGUAGAACAAUAAAUUAAUAGACCAGUUUUUCUUUCAAAACAUUUUAGUGGUACAAUGAAUCUUGCUGUUACUAGAUGUUAUAAACUGUUGACUAAAUUGUAGAAAAUAUUUCGUCUUGUAUCAUGUUGUAUAUAUUGUUAUGUGCUGAAAUUAAUAAACUUUGUUAAAAUACAAGAACUGACAAAAGGGUUAGUGUCUCAUUAGUAUAGAGUUGAAAUAUGUGUAUUAAACAUUCAUAGUAAUAUGUAAAGCAGUACAUUACUCAUGUUAAUAUGUAUAUAUUACAAAAUUUUAACAUAAAAUUUCUAUUUUGUAUGCUUCAAUCAGUUUUCAUUUAUCAUGGAUGGAAAUAUAUUAUGAGAUUGCAGCCUAUCUGUAACCUGCAUUUUUAUUGACUCUUCCAUACUAAAUGUUUAUAGUAUGUGAAAAAUGAGUGCUAUACAUAUUGAAAUACAUCUUAAUAUAUGGCUUUCUUGUAAAAAUCCCCAUGACAGGUGGUUGUAAUCUUAAUGUAACUAUGGUCUAUUUUUAUGAGAAAUUGCUGUACAUUAUCAGUUCUAAUAACGUAACUGCAUCAUGGGCACAAAACAUUGAAAGUGAUUGUCUUCAUUAGUACAAUGGCAAGUCAAGAAGUAAGUUCCCUAAGUGUAACUGAAUAUGCCUCAAUAAAAAAAAGAAAUUACCAUUUUUAUGUUA